GUUUGAACUUUCAACUCUUUUUCUUGCAGAGAGUGAGAGAGAGACAGUGUGUGUGUGUUAUAGUGAGAAGAAGAACAGAACAGAAACGAAUCUUCUAAGGGAAACUAGCAAAAUCUUCUCAAACUAUUGAUAUCAUAUUUAGCACAACCAGGUAUGAGCUAUGAGGAAGUGUGAAUUCCAUGUUGCAGAUCUUCUGAAACUAUUGAUCUCGAAAUAUCAAUAACCUUAAAUUAGCAUUCACUAUAUCUAUAGUUUUAUAGAUUGCUUAAUAUGCUUUAGUUCCACAUGAAGACCGUUCUGCAUAUAAGCAUGAAGGACUCUCACACUUCAUUGGCCUCUCGCCAACGUACACACCAAAGGAAGCCAACAUGGAUUCUUGUCUUGGUUUUAUUAGUCAGCAUGUUCUUAGUUUGUGCUUAUAUAUAUCCACCCAAGAAUCCUGCUGCUUGUUAUGUGCUCUUCACUUCAAGUGGCUGCAAAGGGCUUUCAAAUUGGCUUCCUCCUGCUCCCGCAAGGGAGUUUACAGACAGUGAGAUAGCGUCGCGUGUGGUCAUAAGGGAGGUAUUGAGUAAACCGCCAAUUGAAUCUAAGAAUCCGAAAGUUGCUUUCAUGUUCUUGAUUCCCGGCCCAUUACCUUUUGAGAAGCUGUGGGACAAGUUUUUUCAGGGUCAUGAGGGCAGAUUCUCUGUGUAUGUUCAUACCUCUAUGGACAAACCAGUACAUUCUAGCCGUUACUUUAUCAAUCGGGAGAUUCAAAGUGAUAAGGUUGAUUGGGGAAAGAUAUCAAUGGUUGAUGCUGAAAGACGUCUGUUAGGACACGCACUCAAGAACACCGACAACCAACAUUUUGUGUUGCUUUCUGAAAGUUGUGUACCGUUACAUGAUUUUGACUAUGUUCAUAGCUAUUUGAUAAAUACAAAUAUCAGUUUCAUUGACUGCUUUGAAGAUCCCGGUCCACAUGGGAAUGGCAGGUAUUCAAAUCACAUGUUACCUGAAGUUGAGAAGAAAGACUUUCGAAAAGGUUCUCAGUGGUUCACUCUGAAGCGUCAGCAUGCAAUUGUGGUGAUGGCUGACAGUCUCUAUUACACCAAAUUCCGUGAUUACUGCAAGCCUGGGAUGGAUGGGCGGAACUGUUAUUCCGAUGAACAUUACUUGCCCACCUUUUUCCAUAUGUUUGAUCCAACUGGCAUUGCCAAUUGGUCAGUAACUCAUGUUGAUUGGUCCGAAAGAAAAUGGCAUCCGAAAUCGUACAAUGCACAUGACGUCACUUCCGAGCUAUUGAGGAAGAUCGCUUCAAUUGAUAUUAGCACGCAUGAAACUAGCGAUGAAAAGAGGAUGGAAGAACAGAGAGGUUGCAUGUGGAAUGGAAUACAGAGACCUUGUUACUUGUUUGGAAGGAAAUUUAUGCCUGAUGCCAUUGAUAACUUGAUUUCCCUUUUCUCUAAUUAUACUUCAUCAAUAUAAGUGUCAAAAUAUAUUCAUCUAUUUUUAAUUAAUUAUUUGGUUUCGUCCAGUACUGUGCAGCCAGAAACCCUUAUUAAUAUGAGUUAUUUUGAGCUGGAAAAAAAUAUAUUGACUUGAGAGUAUUGUAUAGAUUUUUAUUCAAAUGAAAUUGUCAUCUCA